GGGUCAUGCUUUUGUCGGGUUGCCCCAGAUGGAGAAUGACUCAUAAGUAGGAAAGGUGAAUUGAAAAAAAAAAAAAAUGGGCGGGACAACCUGUGAGCGGAGUAUCAGGAAGCAAGGUGACAAAGGUGCACCUGCACAGCCGAGGGACACGGCUUCUUGGAGCAGAGCGCCCCGGCAGCCAAGGCCACUUUUUACUCUCACCCUGGUGUCGGAGCAACACUUUGGAGGACAUUUCUUGGCAGAACUUUAGGGAAAAGAUGUGGUCUGUCAAAGUCUUUAUUCUGCUUCUCUUCUGCUAUGCUUGUCUUCCCACUGGUGACGGCAACGUGUUCUUUCAGUCCAAGAACUUUUACAAUGUGCUCCGCUGGCAUGCGGCGAAGCCUUGGUUGGCGGACCAUAAGGUCCUCUACAGCGUCCAGUACAAAAGCUACGGUUCGGGAGAUCCUUACCGGAUCAAGAGCGAGUGUCACAACAUCACAGCGCUGCACUGCGACCUGACUGCGGAGACGCCGUCGCUCCCGGAUGUUUUGUACCUGGCGCGAGUGUACGCCGACGGCAAGUUGCACGGGAACACCACCAGGUUCAACCCCAUCAAGAACACUACUUUGGGCCCAGUGGUUUUGUUUACUGCCGCCACGGCGGCGUCCUUGUUUGUUCGAGCCGCGCUUCCGCUGGGGCCCAACGGCGUCUCGGUGGCGGACAUCUUCAGAAGCAGUAAAAGCGGGCCCGUCAAUACUUCGAUUGAAUACACCUUUAACCUCACCUUCCCCAAGUGGGCCGCACAGUGCGACCGCAGAGUGUCAGAUCAGUUUGUCUUCAACUUGAAAUCCAACGGAAGCAAGUACUGCGGCUACGUGGUCUACAAGCCUUUGUACCAGUUGGGUCGUUCGGAGAGUGAAAAGGCCUACUUCUGUGCAACCCUACCGGGUGACGCUGCCGAGAUGUUGCCGUGGCCCCUCGCCGCCACCGCCUUGCUGGCCAUCAUUGUCACGGUGUCGGUCGGAGCCGCGUGCGUCUACGCGAAGGGCGGCCAGGACACGAAGCCGCCCCGCUCACUGGAAAUCGGUGCUGCCAGUCGAGCGCCAGAUCUGCAGCAAACCCCGGAGCGGAAUCUGCUUAUUUGCAGAGCAACGGUCUCUGCUCAAACUCAGCAAAUCUUUGUCUCCAAGUUUGCUCCCGUCAGGCCGGAUCCAAAGGGGCCCUGCGUUGGACCUCCCGGAAGCUAUUCCCCGCAGGAUGUGGCUCGGGUCCCCGGCUCACUGGCGGAGGGGCCCAACGGCCGGGCAUCCGACAGCCAGUCGUCUGUCGUCUACAGCGCCUUGGCGGCGGCUGCUCCGACCGAAUGGAACGAGCUGCUGAGGGUCCUUGUGGAAGACGGGGAAAAAGCCUCGCCUCCACCACGAAGCGCCGCCUGUCUGGACGUGGAUCCGUGCGGACGACUGCAGUUGCACACGGUGCGGGAUGCCAACGGACAACUGAAGUUGCCCUCCCUCGCUUUGAGGGCAGAGAACGACAGCGAGAGAAUACCUCUUAUGUGCGACCGCCUCCGAUCUGACCGGGAUGGAUCGGUUUUAGCUCGACCGAGGCGCUUGGAUUGCUCCGAAUCGUCGGACUCCGGGUGCGAUGACGUGACGCCCAUGCAUAUGGACUGCAACCAAAUUUCGCUUGGAAUUUACCGACGCGAUAAUCAGCCGCCCGGUGACCCCGAUCCGGCAUCGGGGUACAAACAAAACUGGAUGCCUCUUGACACCGCGCCCAACAAUGAUCGGGACUACAUGAAGAGAAAGCACCCUUGGACUUUGGCCAAUCCUCCAGAAACGGAGGACGGUCAGUGCAAUGACGACGGAGGAUUUCGAGGAGUAUUUCUUGAAGAUUGGGUGUUACAAAUACAAGAGUAACACCUUACUGUUUGCAAGAUGUCCUUCACGCAUGAGAUGAAGCUAUUUUUGUUUAUUCCAUUUGUCAGUGGCGAUGGACUCACCCCACAAAUAAACGUGGACUGUGAAUGACUGGCGACCGGUUGAUGGUUUGUCUGCAGGAUGUGCCCAGCCAAGUUCUAGUGAUUGGCAAGCGACUUCGUGGGUUCGUGCAGCAAGUGCCAUCAGGAGCCUCGAAAGCAGGAUCCCCCGUCUCCUGCUUUCUGUGAUCGGAGGGCAGAUGGGUUCAACCACUGGCACGUGUCGUCUUGACAAAUGUCCCCAUGAGACACUCAUUUGCAGCAUCGGAAGUGUACACUUGAAAUACUUCACCCCUGUGGGCUUGUCGUCGUUUAACGGUGAAAGGGUACAAAACAGACUGCUGAAUCCAAUUUCAAAAGCAUAAGUAAGAAUGACCAAAUAAGUCCUCAAGCGUGACUGAUUUUCUUUAGAUUUUUCGGUGUGAGUGACGCAAAAAUAUGAAAAAUGGCUGUUCUGUUUACUGUUUACCCUGCGGUCUGGCGCGUUCGCUUCACUGUUUGCUGUUCCUGCGGCCCUUCGUAAAUAAAGUGAGUCAACAGACUGA